AUGGCGCCUUCUCUACUCCCGUUCAGGGAUGUUAACUUGCAUUCAUCGCCCUCCCACUAUGCCUUCACUUCACCAUCCACACCCCAGGCUCCCACGUUAGUGGUAGACCGGCCCACGGGUGACCUCCGGCUCAAUGAUGGGCCCCUCGCGGGUGCAAAGCGCAUCUCGAGCAUUGCGGGUAUCCUUGGAAUAAUCAAGCUCAAGCUCGACAAAUAUAUCAUCGUGAUCACGAAGGCCCAGCCUAUGGGUCGCCUUCGUGGCCAUAUGAUCUACAAAGUGGCCGCGACCGAGUUCCUCCCCAUGCGUGAGCGACCUCUGCACGAUAAAGACGAAGACACCUAUCUUGCCCUGGUGAAAGAGCUGCUUCGCACGGGUCCGAUGUACUUCUCCUACUCGCUGGAUAUCACCAAUAGCUUUCAGCGACAAUCGCAAAGCCCCUCGGAUAUCCCGCUCUGGAAGCGGGCGGAUGACCGUUUCUUCUGGAAUCGCUUCAUUCAAUCUGACCUGAUCGAUUUCAGCCUCGGCGAGGGUAACAAGGGUGGCAUUCGCUACGGUCCACAGCCCGGAGCUGACCCUUAUAUCCUUCCUGUGAUGUUUGGUAUGCUCCGUAUUACGCCAGCGCGAAUUAAGUCGGCCUCUUUCACCUUCGCUCUUAUCACACGACGAUCUCGGCACCGUGCGGGUACCAGAUACUUCUCCCGUGGAAUUGACGAGCAGGGUCACGUAUCAAACUACAACGAAACCGAGCAGGUGGUCAUUUUGAAUGACGCAACUGGCAGUCUAUCGGGCUUUGCAGGAGGACAGUCAAUGUCCAACGCCAAGACGGGGCAGGACCUGCAGGUUUAUUCUUUCGUGCAGACCCGGGGCAGCGUGCCUGUCUUCUGGGCUGAAGUGAACAACCUCAAGUACACGCCCAAGCUCCAAGUCCGUGGCGUCGAUACAGCCAUCGAAGCUGCUCGCAAGCAUUUCUCGGAACAGAUUCAAAUCUACGGUGAGAACUAUCUGGUCAAUCUUGUCAACCAGAAGGGUCGGGAAGAACGAGUCAAAUUAGCCUACGAGCAAAUGGUUCGAACUCUAGUGAGUUCCCCGAGCGAGAUGACUGAAUCUGGCAGGAGAACGUCUGAGAAGACGCACAUCGUGGAGCCGAGUGCGAAACAAAAAGAAAUGGAUCGCCUGCAUUAUGUGUACUUCGAUUUCCAUAAUGAGACGAAGGGCCUUAAAUGGCACCGCGCGGAGCUUUUAAUGAACAGAUUGAAUGAUGGCCUUGCGCAAGGCGGAUAUUUUCGUGGAGUGGAAAGCCCCGGGGCUUCAGGGGGCCAACUGGAUAUCCGGUCCAUCCAAUCAAGUGUGGUGCGAACCAAUUGUAUGGACUGUCUUGAUCGUACCAAUGUUGUGCAAAGCAUGCUGGGACGAUGGGCUCUCAAUCGUCAGCUUACAGAUGCCGGCGUUCUUCGGGCCGGUGAUAAUGCCUUUGAUGAUAACGUGUUCGCCGAUCUGUUCCGCAAUAUCUGGGCCGAUAAUGCCGAUGUUGUAUCAAAAUCCUACUCGGGCACGGGUGCAUUGAAAACGGACUUCACUCGGACAGGCAAGCGUACGCGGGCUGGUGCCGUGCAAGACCUGAGGAAUUCCAUCACCCGUUACGUGCGCAACAACUUCUUGGAUGGCCCCCGCCAGGACGGCUUUGAUGUCUUCCUAGGCACCUAUCUUCCCUCAGACUCCCUACCCGCGAACAUCCAGAUAUUCCUAGACCGCCGCCCGCUAGUAAUCCAAGCUGUGCCAUAUGUUUUCGCCGCUAGCUUGUUCAUGGUUUUCGUUGCAUUGUUUACGCGUCGACUCCCGGAUGCAACUGUCUGGCCACUACGUCUCUUCAUGAUUUUCUGGUUGAUUAUUGGAGGCUACUCAUUCCGUUUCAUCAACAAUCACGGAAUGCUUUAUGUCAAUUGGCCCAAGCUCAACACUCCUGUUGCAGGCGCUGAGGGCUAUCAAGAUGCUUUGGUCAAAGCCCGUUCGGACCCUAUCAUUGGCCAAUGGCUUCCAUCUCGGCGUCACCAGCGCGGCAUCAGCAACGCUCGCCUAGGUUUCCUUGAAGAGGGGAAGACCAGGAUCGAAUAG